AAACAAACUCGUGAACUGUAGAACGGACUGAACGUCUCGUCUCUCUGUGAAAUAUUAAUCUGAUCAAAAUGCGUUCACACUUCGGUGACGGUGGACAAACAUAAUCCAUCACCGUUCACAUGAAGCUCCUCCUCGUUGUGGACAGCCGUCCGUCCUCUGAACGUCCUCGCUCUCUAGUUUGUGGUUGGUCAUGUGAUUCUCCUCGAGGUCACGACAGGUCAUGAAAUAUCAGCGAGAGACAUUUAUACAUUUUUAUUUACAUUUAUAUAUAAAACUCCUGAUGUGAUCUGAUUGGUUCUCCUGCAGGAGCGGAGCAUCCUGUUGAGGAAAUGGUUCGACCUGAUGACGCUGCACAAAGAAGACCUGGCCAAGCUGAUCACCUUCGAGAGCGGUAAACCCUUGAAGGAGUCUCUCGGGGAGAUCACGUACUCCGCCUCCUUCGUGGAGUGGUUUUCGGAGGAGGCUCGACGCGUUUACGGCGACAUCGUCCCGUCGCCCGCCAAAGACCGGAAGAUCUUCCUGCUGAAACAGCCCGUGGGCGUGGCCUCCAUCAUCACUCCGUGGAACUUCCCGAGCGCCAUGAUCACCAGGAAGGUUGGAGCUGCUCUGGCCGCCGGCUGCACGGUGGUGAUCAAACCAGCAGAGGACACCCCGCUGUCAGCGCUCGCUCUGGCUGAGCUGGCAGAGCAGGCCGGGAUCCCUGCAGGCGUCUUCAACGUGGUUCCAUGUUCCAGAGAGAAGACGCCGGCAGUCGGGGAGGUUCUCUGCACCGACCCGCUGGUGGCCAAAAUCUCCUUCACCGGCUCCACGGCAACCGGCAAGAUUCUGCUGAAAAUGGCGGCUGACACUGUGAAGAAGGCGUCCAUGGAGCUGGGUGGCCACGCCCCCUUCAUUGUGUUCGAUAGCGCUGACGUCGACGCGGCGGUGAGCGGAGCGAUGGCUUCCAAGUUCAGGAACUCUGGACAGACGUGCGUGUGUUCGAACAGGUUUCUCGUGCAGAGCGGCAUCCACGAUCGAUUCAUGGAGAAGCUGAGCCAAGCGAUGGAUGCCGAGCUCCGUGUCGGCCACGGUUUAGACCCUGAAACCACCCAGGGACCGCUCAUCAACAGCAGAGCUGCAGAGAAGGUGGCCCAGCAGAUCUCUGACGCCGUGUCCAGAGGAGCGACGCUGUUGAAGGGCGGGAAGCGUCUGGACGGCUUCUUCAUGGAGCCCACACUGCUGACAGACGUCACCACAGACAUGCUGUGCAUGAAGGAGGAAACGUUCGGCCCGCUGCUGCCCGUCGUCAGGUUCAACACAGAGGAAGAGGCUCUGGCUAUCGCUAACGCGUCUCAUGUCGGGCUGGCAGGUUACUGCUACUCGCAGGAUGUGAGUCAGAUCUGGCGUGUGGCGGAGGCGUUGGAGGUGGGGAUAGUCGGAGUCAACGAGGGCCUCCUGUCCACCGCCGAGGCCACGUUUGGCGGGGUCAAGCAGUCCGGUCUGGGCCGCGAAGGCUCCAAGUACGGUAUCGAGGAGUAUCUGGAGGUGAAGUACAUGUGCUUCGGAAACCUCAAACCCUGAAAGAAGAAGCAGCACCGCCGCCGCAGGUCCAGUUCAGGAUCUGAGGCUUUAACUUCAUUAACAUACAAAUAAUAAAAACUUUGAAUCAGUCGAGGUUGAAAUCUUUCAGGCAAUAAUCAACGAGCAAAGUGCCAUAAACCAAGAGAGGAAUACUCACUUCUGAUUGGCCACAGAGCUUUCACCGUCAUUGUGUCUUAAAGCUCGUUACUGAAAACUAAUGAGUUGAAUCCAGCUGUCCAUCUUUGGACACCCCGACUGAAGACUCCUCACUCCUCCAGUCAGAGUGACCAAGUGCUCGGCUAAAAACAAGUCUUUGCUGGUCUUGUUGUAGAUCACGUUUUCGUUAACGAGCUCGUUAGCCAGGCACAUAAACAUUCCUUACGUGACAUCACUUGAAAAUAGCAAAGCUCUAGCCAAUCAGAAUCCAGUAAACAAUCAUUUGUGUGACCUUAAAAUGUUUAAUCGUAUUAAAUUCAUUUUCAUGACGACGUGAACGCGACAUUUUCUCUUGAAUGAAACAAACGUUCGUUUAUUUUUGCUGUUGACGAGAUAAACUGAUCUAGAUUUUUGCUGAAUCGUGUUCGUAUCGAAUGUCGUGAUUAAGAUAAGCCGACAUAUUUGAACACAAACAGUUUAAAUAAUUAAACGUGACAUUAAUACGACACAGCGAGGAUGAAAGACGCACAGACACACAGGCUCGAUGCACGUUUAAAGAAUAAAUAUUAAUUGUUGUAUAGUUGUUUUUUUAAAUUGUGUAAAUUAAUUGUAACCCUCUGACAGACGUUAACGAGCCUGUUAGAAGUGUUUGUUUUUAAUUUUUUAUUAAAGAGUAGCUCAACGUCUCGUCUCUGCUGACCUCUCGUGGUUAAACUCCUCACCUGGCUGCAGUGAUGUGCAGGUGUACUCCAGGACACUGUGACAUCACAGUGAUGUUAGUAUUUUAGAGUGUAACUAAGUACAUUUACUGUGAGGUACUUGUAAUUCGUGGUACAGCAGGCUCGGCUCUGUUCGUUUGUCGUCUAUCCGCACAGUCAUUGGCCAUAUUUACGUCCUCGUUAUGAGAUAAAAAUCUGCAUUUUGUUCAGAUAAAACGGAUCAAAGGUCACAGCAUUAACCGUUAAUCAGGCGUCCCUAAUAAAGUGGACGCGGAGUCUGAGUUUGUUUCUGGAUUUAAUCUGCAGGAUUUGUGAUUGGAGAAAUAAAUAACAAAGACAUGAUGAACAGAUUAACACCGACUUCUUCACGGCCGUGCUGCCCAUGUGUGAAAUAAUGUUGUCGUUAUAGUUGAUGUAAAAAAAAUGAUGAAUUUUGUAUUUAAUGAAAAAUUAAAGAUGAAAUUGUAAUUUUA